GAACCUGACGGGACAGCCAACCCUGGCAACUGUGAAAGGCUGGCUCCAAUAAGAAAGUAGUAUUGGCAACCUUGUUGCAAACGUGAGGAGACUGAGACCGAAGAAAAAAGGUGUCUGAGACGCGGCCGUUCCAGUAGUGGACGACAGACAGACGGUGCAGCAGACGUGGUGCGGUAUGCGGUUCAUUGGGGACUUGACGUGUCGCGGUGGAAGCCAGACUGCAGAACGCGCCGAUGAAGCGCUGUUUCUUUAGUGCGCCGGAUUUCCGAGCUGCGGUCGCACUGAUGCGUUGGCGCCGGUGGUGCAGAAAACCCGGUGGUGAAAGUGUGGUGACUGUGUGUAUUGUCUUGGCAAUCGGCUGGAACGGUGCAUGGGGGUACCGUGGGAUUCCGCCUACGGUCCGCGUAGGCGGACUCUUCGACAGCGGCAGCGUGGAAGACGAGCGUUCCUUCACCUACGCCCUGGAUCGGAUAAACCAGAACAACGAAAUCCUCCCCAGGUCGACGCUCUCUCCGAUAUUUCAAAGGCUUAAGCCCAAGGACAGUUUCCAAGCCUCGAAAGCUGUAUGCAACCUUCUAAAGCACGGUGUAUCCAUGCUUGUGGGACCAAGAACGCCACCGGUACAAGCGGUCGUCAAAUCCAGUUGCAACGUAUUCCACGUGCCACAUGUACAGACAACGUGGUCAUUAAGGACCUCCAAGACAGAAGGCAACGGACAAAUGUCAAGCGCCUACACGCUUAACGUCUAUCCGCACCAGGACGUGUUAAGUAAAGCCUAUCGAGAUCUCGUCUUCAAGCGGAAGAGAUGGAAGAGUCUCACUAUCAUCUACGAAGACAUUGAAAGUUUCAUUCGUAUGAAAGACGUUAUCAAUUCUUCUUUCGCAAGGGGUGCCAAGGUGAGGAUGGAACAUUACCAAUCUCAUAUGGCCGUUAAGACCCUUCUCAAGAAGGUAGCUACGACGCGGGAGUACAACAUCGUGCUUGACGUCGCGACCGAAAAAGUGCCCAUCUUCCUGCAAGCGGCAUCGGAGAUUGGUAUGAUGACGGACUAUCAUAAUUACGUCAUAACUUCUCUGGACAUGCAUACGUUGAACACGAGCCAGUUCCAUAACACCUUAGCAAAUGUGUCGGCACUUCGUCUCGUGGACAUGGAGCGCAGGGAGAUGCAGGAGCUACUCCACAGUUGGUCAAAUUCGGAACUGCGUUACGGGCGUCGGGCUCUGAACAUGACGUCACUCCGGACGGACAUUGCCCUCAUAUUUGACGCAACGACCCUCUUCGCUCGUGCUUUACACGACCUGGAACAUAUUCACACGUUUGAAUUGAAGUCACUGUCCUGCGACUCCCCAUCAGCAUGGGCCAAUGGCGAAACGCUGCUGAAGCAGAUGAAAAUGGUGAACAUCAAAGGUUUAACGGGGGACUUGCGCCUCAACGACCAGGGCCUGCGAACCGACUUCGGUUUGAAUGUCAUAGAGAUGAAGAAGGAAGGCUUUCGAAAAGUGGGCACCUGGAGUCACAGAACGGGAAUUAUAUUCGAGAGCGGCUACUCCCGUCAGAAAAGCGAAGAAUUCAGCGAGGGUUUCUAUAACAGGACCUUUCGAGUGACAACCAUCGUCAACCCUCCUUACACCAUGCUAAAAAGGGACGCUGUCAACAGAACGGGAAACGAUCGCUUCGAAGGCUAUGCCGUUGACUUGAUGGAUGCACUAGCUAAGAAGAUCGGCUUCGUAUACGACCUGCACCUCGUAAAAGACACCAAAUACGGGAGUAAAGGUCCCAAUGGAGAGUGGAACGGCAUGAUCAAAGAGUUGAUAGACAUGGAAGCGGACAUGGCGAUCGUGGACUUAACCAUCACUUACGUCCGCGAGCAAGCCGUCGACUUCACCAUGCCCUUUAUGAAGACUGGCGUCAGCAUCCUGUUUCGAAAGCCACUCAUCGAACAUCCACCACUGUCGUCAUUCCUUUUGCCUUUUUCUGUUGACGUGUGGUUGUACAUGUUAACUGCUUACCUGGGCAUCAGUACCUGGUCUUACAUCCUCGGUCGCUUCAGUCCGUCAGAAAUUGAUCUGUCGUACAUCAUCGAUCGUGAUCCUCAAGACGUCGGAAGCGAGCUCGGCAUGAAUAACAGGCUCUGGUUUGCCAUAGGAUCGCUGAUGCAACAAGGUUCAGACCGCAACCCGCUUGCACCAUCCACACGUAUCGUUGCUGCCACGUGGUGGUUCUUCACUCUCAUCAUGAUCUCUUCGUACACGGCAAACCUCGCCGCAUUCCUCACUGCCCAGCGAAUGACUUCUCCCAUCGAAAAUGCAAAGGACCUGGCUGAACAGUCACAGAUCGACUACGGUUGUCUGCAUUCGGGAUCCACGAAUGACUUUUUCCAGUCUUCCGACAACCCGCUCAUCAAGCGCAUGUGGGCAGUAAUGGAAGCUAAUCAACCGAGCGUGUUCGCCGAAACCAAUGAAAAGGGCAUUGAACGUGUGCUGCGAGGCGGCUACGCUUACAUCAUGGAGUCCACGACUAUCGAAUAUCUCGUGGCGAGAAACUGCCUUCUCAUGCAAAUUGGAGGACAGCUCGACUCCAAAGGAUAUGGCAUUGCAACUCCACCAGAUGCCAGAAUUCGAGACAUCCUCUCGGCUGCCAUCGUGGAAUUUCACGAGGGCGAUUUCUUGCUGCGGUUGAAAGACAAGUGGUGGAAGACCAACAAUCCGCCAGACCCGGCGUUCGCCGACAAGUGCCACCUCUUCUCUAACCAGUCUAGGUCCUCUGUCAAGAGCGAGCUGACGUUAGCCUCCGUAGGGGGCGUGUUUGUCGUUCUGGGCGCAGGGUGUUUCGCAGGGAUUAUUCUGGGCAUCGGAGAGUUCGUAUGGGAGCUUCAGAAAACUCCUUACGGGGAACGAGAGUCAAUCCCGACCGAAAUGUUUCACGCCCUCAAGUUAGCUGUGACCUGCCGAGGGAAGAAGUUCAGCCCAACAUCCCUCUCGACGGAGGUGUCUUUGGGAGAAGAUUUCACACGGCGGUCUUCGCCUUUCUCCACUCCGUACUCUACAGCAUACUCAACGCCGCACUCAAGGAGAAGCUGAGACGUCGUCGUAGGGCCGACGGUUUGUCUCAAAUAAGCCAGCAAAGGGUCAGAUGACACACAGAUGCCCUGUACGGAAGGUCACCUCCCAUGCAAUGCAGCAAGUAAAUGCCGACUGAUCCAACGCACCUCCAGGCAUAGAUUUGCGUGAAAUUCAAUCCACGAUAGUGGACACAAUUGUGAAAACCAUGUUAAUCACAGAGUUUGUAAGUCUUUACACGGUGGCGGAACUUAUGUACUGGUUGGUGAGACGAUAGGAUGACACUGAUAAAUGGAGACACGUAUAAGACGCACAUGUCCUCAAAGACAGAUAGGUGCAGUGUCUCAAUCAUAUAAAGGUGUAGGGUGCAUACAUCUCUAUGACAGUGAAGCUCCAGGACCUUAUCACACAAUAGCGACAGCGCCGAUUCUGGGAACAAAAAUUUAAUCUCGCUCUUCUUCCCUUCCCUACCCGGAAGGGAUUCGUCGAAAUUGACGUCUCAACACAGCGAAGGACUCCACUGGAGGAUUCGGAAGUUGUCAGGGUGACUUCUUUGCAAAACAUCGCAACAACCACAAUCCAUUUCCAUGCUUGUCGAUAAGUAUAAAUUUCUCUUGGCUCUGACUGCGUUAGAAGUCACUCUCUUUCUCGGUGCACCCGCGCUUUAGUACUAAACUCAUUCUCUAGACCUCACAGACACGCGAUGGCAAUGAAAUGAGGUGUUCGCCGCUGGAAUAAAGUAACUUUAGACAGUAUGUAGUUUCGGCAUCCUUUACAAAUCUGUGACCAACUGUUGCUAUGGCCUCUGUUUAUUUAAGUCUGUAGUCCUCGUCUUUUUAAUCUUACCCUGGUCAUACUUCAUAGGAUCAUUUCGACAGUGUGAUUGUUGAGUUUCUUCCUGAAUUCUUAACGGAAAUCAUAUAUACGGAUACUACAUAAUCCUUAUAAUACACGAAGGGGGAAGAAAAAAGCGAGCGACUGGCAUAAUACGCGCCGUAAUGAGGAGACGAUUGGCACAACACGCACGGCACCUUUACGGUAUUGCUAGACUGCAGCUUUGAGUUUCAUUUCAUCCUCUCUAUGGAACGAGUUCGUGUUAUCCCAAAACGCAGCAGCUGCGUCGCGUUAGUUUAUAUAAGGACGCGCAAGACAAGCCCCGUCUACGUUAUAGAGAUGACAGCUUGUACAGAAUUGCAUCUCUCUCGUAUAAUAGUCAGUUUUAGUGUAACGUACGCUAUCGUCUUUCGGCACGUGAGGGAUAGCGUUGGUGGUUCUGCGCACGCGCAAGACACAAGCAGAGCUUUGCGCACUUCGCACAACCACCACCACGCUAUGCCUGACGUACGCAAAGGCGUCAGCGUACGUUAUACUAAAAAUCGCUAAUAGCACUGCGGGAGUGUCAGAAACCUAAGCGGCUGAAAUUGGCAGUAAAAGCUCAAAAUGCGGGGCUGGUUGUAAAUACGAGAUUAUGAGAGACACAUAUAGCGAUGUAUCAUAUGAACGCUUCGAACGACGUAUGCGUCGUGCUGAGUCAACAUUGGCCAUAAUUGAGCAUAGCGUACGACUUGGUCGAACAAAUUGUAAACUAAUCAAUAUGUGGCAUUCUAGGCGGUGCAAAAAAGUUUCCACAUCUGCAGUAAAAUGGUGGAGAAUUGGUUUUCUUUCAUCGCGUCUUUAUAAACCGACACUACCCCCCCCCCCCCCCCCCCCCUGCUUACUCGAGACUCGUUAUUCAGCUUCUGGUGCAGAUUCCGUAAGUAUUUCUCGACUAAGAAGCAUGCUGCUGAAUGUAUCCAUGCCUAAGCAAUAUGACAUCAAGCGGAAUUCGAUUUGCUGACUGUUCAUUUUGCGAGGUUCUUCGAAAGCGUGCGCUAAUAUUUGAGAUGUCGGCGCUUAUUUGGAGCGCUUCGGAGGAUUGCACAUUUUCUGUGUGCACUGGGGAGGUGAUUAAAUGCUGUGCUUCUCACCAACUGUGCUGUUAUCAGUGCAUAUCUCACUACAUAGUCAAUAGGAGGUCCGAGAUGUAUCGUGGACACUGCAUUUACA